AUGCGCAAUGCUUUCAUAUUCCUCGCUAACCCUUCCAUAUCCCUCAGCACUCCUUCUUUAUCCCUCAGCACUCCUUCCAUAUCCCUCAGCCAUUUCUUCCAUAUCCCUUACCAAUCCUCCCUUCUUCCGCUCGCUCGCUUGCUUGCGCCAUUUUUGACUGAAUCCGUCAGGCUAGACGGCGACUACAACGUCUUCUACCAUUCUCUCGUCUCCUCCAAAAAUCUGGGCGCGCCGACCUCCGCCUACAUUGGGCAAGGCUUGGCGGGGAAAGGGGGCUCCAAGGUUCUCGAUGUUGUCGGGGCCAAUGCCACGUGGCAAAAUAUCACUCCUGCGAAAGCUCCGUUCUACUCAUAUACGAUCAACGGGACGUGGCUUAAAACGAGUACGCUGAGUGCGUCAAACGGGCAGACGGUUCGGAGCGUGAUCGAUGCGAUCGUGUUGGCUCCAAACAGUUCCUACUACGCAGGAAUCACGACGCGGGCUUUCUCGAAGCGUGCUGCGAGGGGGCAGAUCAUAGUGAAGCUGCCCGACGCUGGUCCUAAUAACAAUAACGGAGUGGCGGAUGGAGGAAACAAGACGACAGAGACAUUGGUUGGGGUGGUGGAGGCGCGUCUGAACGGCUCUAAUGCUGGCCUCGCUGCUGCCACCAACUCCUCAGGCUCCCUUUCUCUUGCUGUCUUCCAUCUCUCAUCUUCCCCUCCCUUCUCCCCUCAGUAUCUCUAUGCUCCUCUGCCCUCUCCCCUCACUCUCUCACCGUCCCCCGCCACUCCCCAUUCUCCCCUCACUUUCUUCCAGUCUCAUACUGCCAACUGUGGCCCCUCCAUACGCACCUGCCCAUCCUCGGCCCAAUGUCUGUCCCUCCUUGUCCCUCCUUGUCCCUCCUUGUCCCUCCUUGUCCCUCCUCGCCCCUCCUUGCCCCUCCUCGCCCCUCCUUGCCUCUCCUUGCCCCUCCUCGUCCUCCUUGCACCUCCUCGCCCCUCCCUUGCCACCCUCCCCCUCAGCAACACCACGACCAACAACGACGACAUUCUUUACAGCGACGCUCCCACCCGCGUUGCCAUCAUGAAAGGCGCUGACGUGGCACUCACCGUGGCCACCAGCAGCACCACGUGGACCAAUCGCACACUCACACCGUCCGCUCCAGAUCCAGAUCCCACUGACGAGAUUUGCAAGACCAUAUCCGCCGAAUCCUGCUUUAAACUUAAAGCCCAGUAUCAAAUCUACCAAGCCCAGCACCCUCCUCCCCCACCUCCCCCUUUCCCCGGCUACACCUACGAAACCGCUGGCACUUGGCUAAGCGCCAGUACUUUGAAGGCGGAUAACGGGCAGACGUACAAGGACCUGGUGAAUGCCAUGCUGGCUGCUCCUGGUGCUUACUCUGCUCUUGUCUUUGCCAUUGUUGAGGCUGGAGCGGCGAGUGGGGCUUUCGCCAAUAGCACGCUGACAGCUGGCAAUGGGACCGUGGCAGGUGGCCAGGCUGCCAAGUUGAGCAUCAAGUUGUUUGGCUGGAGAACUUAUCCAGGGUAUGGUUCACGUUACCCUUAA